AUGGGAUUCUCAGGUUGGCUGUCACUGUCACACCUCCUCCGACAGAGUGGAUGCCUGUGGAGGCUGGAUGCUUGCAACAUGCCUAUGGUGGAGUACGUCACGCAGGCCUUGUCAAAAGCCCUUCUCACCAGCAGGCUGACAGUGCUACACCUUGAAAACACCUGCCUGAGCGGCAAACCACUCUUCACACUUGUCGGUGCUCUGAAAAGGAAUAUCAUUUUGCAGGAGCUUUACCUCUCUGAAAACAACCUCAACGGCUACCAGGACUCCAUGCAACUUGGCGAUCUCCUCAAAUACAACAGCCCUCUUAAAACCUUGGACCUGAGCAACAAUAACCUGUCUGACUCAGGUUUGGGAGAGAUUUGUGAUGCUUUGAGCUUUCAGAAGACGGGUUUGAGAACGCUGAUACUGAGUAACAAUCACAUCACUCAUCUUGGCAUAAGCCAUCUACAGAAUGUUCUGCCCCGCUUAAAAACGCUCGAAACGUUGAACCCUGGCAAAAACAACCUUGAGAACAGAGGCCUUCACACGUUAAAGGAGUCCCUCAUGAUCAAUCGCUCUUUAUUGCAACUUGGCCUAGCUUCCACAGGAAUAACAUGCGAGGGUGCUGUGACUUUGGCUGAGAUCCUUGCAGAGAGUCCACAGAUCCAGCGGUUGGAUGUACGGCAGAACCAAGUGCUUGCUGGGGGCCUCAUGGCUCUGUUGUUGGCCCUAAAGAUCAACCGUUCACUCAUCAGACUGGAUCUGGACCAACAUCUGAAAGAGGAAAAGGAGGACUUCCUGGUCGAAACGCAGAAGACGCUGCUGAGCAGGAUCUCCGAUCUGUGAGUGGCGAAUGCG